AUGGAUUCAGUUUUUCGUACUGAUUCCGAAUAUGAUAAGAUUAUUGCACGAAAACUUAGUUUUUAUGAAGAAAAUGGAGAAAUACGAGUCAAAUUCCAUCUAUUUAGCCCAAAAUUCAGAAAAACAGGCUUUUCUCAACGAAGAAAAGAAAAAAAAGACGCGAUGCGUUCUUUUGUGACUGGUGCUAGUGCAAGAUAUAAAUACAAUGUUAAUCAAAAAGUUAUACAAGCUAGAAUACUUAAUCGUUCAUCAACAUCUAGUGAACGUCAUAAUUAUCUUGAACAAUUAAUUGAACAAGAUAAUGAUAUCAAAGAUAAUAAUGAAGAUAUAUGUCAACAUCAUAUUGUCCAAGGUAUUUUAAAAUUAUUCUAA